UGCCCCACCCCACCUCUUCAGCGCUAUCUAUCUCAAUGUACAAUUCUCAGAGAGAGAAAAAAAAAAACGGGGGCAAAAAUAAUUGAGAGAAACACCGCGAACGGAUCGACUCUAACCUACCCGACCGGUUGAACGGAGCGGCCGCGGGCUAUCGGCUCCGAAACCAACUGCCUAUCUCCGUUUGGAUGAAGUGAGUGAAAAAAAAAAGCCCCACCGCGGUAUGUUCAUGUAUCAUGCACAUGUAACCAUAAUCUGCUGUACGGAUUCAAAAGGAAUACAAAAAACCCAGAGAGCUGACAGCGGACCGUGCUUCUGCUGCUGCUUGCGCCAAAACGGGGAACAGAGCGAAGGAUUUCCACGGUUAUCGGCCGGAUAUUUGGACGGUCAGCCGCCGAGAGCUGCCUCUGCUCGGCCGGAGGAGGUUUCCGAUGUGAGGAGAAACACAAAUUAACGCCACGGAGAGAAAAGCGACAGAAUAGCGGCCUUUUUCCCCCCUUUUCUGCUUUUUUUUAUUCUAUCAAACAAAAAGGCCAGACAGCAGCAUCUAUUGACCGAAGACAGGAUUGAUUUUUUUUGACACAGGAUAUUAUCAGUAAGGUUGCUCAGAGCCAUCCUAAAAAAAAAUAAAAAAUAAAAUGUGAUUUUUUUUUUUUUUUUUGGGUGAAGAAGACCUGGUGUAGCCUGAUGAUUCACAUGCCGUCAUUUUAAGAGGAAAUAUUUAUUAUUUUAUUUUCUCUCCCACUCGUCCUCUAUUGUUUGCAAUCCUUUCGAUCUACCAACCUGAAUUUCUCCAGUUUUAUUUAGGAGUGAAUAAAAGGAGAGGCUUGAAGAACAUAGCAUAGUCUGCUUGAAAUGGAUUGAAUGGCAGAGGGAGAUUUCAGAAGAAGAUGGGCUCCUGAGGGGACAUUAGCUGAAAAAAAUAGAUAUUUAGAUCAUCAACAUACAGAUAAUAAUAAUAAAAUAAUCUGAGGCUGGUGUUUGAGAUCCAUACGCAUUGAAGGAAUUUGAUGUGGUUCAUUCAUGAGCAGCCAGAAAACUGGAAAUCCCACAUCCACUCUCCUAUCAGCGUUGAUGACUUCAUUGCGGAUUUACAGUGAAAAACACGGGAAUCAAGUGUUGGAGAGGGCGGGAUCCUUUUUCUGCUCUUCUCAUCUCCCUUUGCUGAUGGGUUUCCAGUGAAUACCCACCUCCAACAAUCAAGGUGAAGUCUACUACCUGGCACCUGCUUCAUCUGAAGAACAUACAUGUCACCAUUUCUGAGCUGGGUGUUCUUCUGCUGGUCCAGUUGAGGAAUUUAGGGUUCAAACACAUCCACCCACCUUGAACCUUUCUGUGAGCCCAUCACUGGAUCUGUUUGUUUGUUUGGUUUUGGGAAGAUGGGCUGUCUUGGGAAUAGUAAGACUGAAGACCAACGAAAUGAGGAGAAGCUUCAGAGGGUGGCAAACAAAAGGAUAGACAGGCAGCUGCAGAAAGACAAACAGAUAUACCGUGCCACUCAUCGACUUCUCCUGUUAGGGGCCGGAGAAUCUGGGAAAAGUACGAUAGUCAAACAGAUGCGAAUACUGCACGUCAAUGGCUUCAACGCAGAGGAGAAAAAACAGAAAAUUCAUGAUAUUAAAAACAACAUAAAAGAAGCUAUAGAGACAAUCGUGGCUGCCAUGAACACACUCACGCCUCCGUGCCAGUUAGCGUGUCCUGCAAACCAGUUCCGGGUCAAUUAUGUCCUGGGCCUAGUAAACCAGAAGGACUUUGAUUUCCCUACGGAGUUUUAUGACCACACCAAGACACUCUGGCAUGAUGAAGGUGUGCGGGCAUGCUGGGAAAGAUCCAAUGAAUAUCAACUCAUCGACUGCGCCCAGUACUUCUUAGACCGGAUUGAUGUGGUGAGGCAGAAUGACUACACACCCACUGAUCAGGACCUCUUGAGAUGCAGAGUUCUGACAUCUGGGAUCUUUGAAACCAAGUUUCAAAUCGACAAAGUUAAUUUUCAUAUGUUUGACGUUGGCGGUCAGAGGGAUGAACGGCGAAAAUGGAUCCAAUGUUUUAACGAUGUGACGGCCAUUAUCUUUGUGGUGGCGAGCAGCAGCUACAACAUGGUGAUCAGAGAAGACAAUCAGACCAACAGACUACAGGAAGCUCUCAACCUGUUUAAAAACAUUUGGAACAACAGGUGGUUACGGACCAUCUCUGUUAUCCUUUUCCUGAACAAACAGGACCUUCUAGCUGAGAAAGUUUUGGCAGGAAAGUCUAAAAUUGAGGAGUACUUCCCAGAAUUUGCACGCUACACUACGCCUGACGAUGCAAUACCAGAACAGGGGGAGGAUCCCAGAGUGACCAGAGCAAAGUACUUCAUACGGGAUGAGUUUUUGAGGAUCAGCACAGCCAGCGGGGACGGACGACAUUACUGCUACCCGCAUUUCACCUGCGCCGUCGACACGGAAAACAUCCGGCGCGUCUUCAGUGACUGUCGGGACAUCAUACAGAGGAUGCACCUGCGGCAGUACGAGCUCUUGUGAUGCGCGGCUUCAUCAGGUCCACCGUACUUAACCCAACAACCACCCUCCUCACCACGAACCAGUUAGCCCGUCGCCUCUUCACUCUGACAGAAUUCACCUAACAUCCAAUCAGUUUGAACUCUCCUCCACUUGAUUCUUCUGGUAAUACAAACUCCUUAACCUCGGAAAAACUGAGAAGACUUUAUCAUGAGUGGUCAGCUUGGACUGCACUCCCUCAGUCUGGAUGUUUUCUCUCAUUUAUACGACCACCUGCUCACAGGUACACAUGCACUACAGAUUGUGACAUUCUGACUGUUGAAAAACCGCCUAAUCAUUGCCCCCUCCAGUCUCCUGCACCAACAGUUAGCAGGGAGGGGGGGAUCUGUUCACACACUCUGAGAUGCAGGAGUUUAUUCACCGCGUGCUGAAGAGAAGAGAUGGACCCGGAUGGUGGAAACAGAGGAGCAACUGUCAGCUGUUUUUUUUUUUUUUUUCCUUUUCUCUCGCUGUGCCCCGGAAUGGACGCACUAAUUGAUUAAUGGCUGCUUGGGGACAUGAGCGAGACUCUGAGAUGAAGUCUCAUGAUCUGCUCUUCAAGAAACCAAUCAAGAUAACACAGACGGAAAACAAGAAAACAAAGAAAACAAAAAAAAAAAA